AUGCAACUACUUACUGUUGGUCUAUACUGCGAAGGAGGGACAGUGGCUGCGCGAAAAGAGGUGAUAAGAAAUAAGAUUCGGGCGAUUGGCAAGAUGGCACGCGUCUUCACUGUUCUGAGGGAAGAGAGCGAGAGCGUGUUGGAGCUGAAGGGUCUCACACCCAACGGAAUGCUUCCAUUUGGGGCGUUGUCUGGUGGUCGCGAAACCCUUCUUACA